GCCACGCACAGCUCUGUGGAGGAAGCCUUGAGGAGAGAAGUGCGACGUGACGUGACGUGAAGUGACGGAAGGGACUGCAGACAGAGCCACGCAGAAGCCCAAAGACCCCCCCGCACCCACAUCCACACCCACACACACACCGGAGCAGCUUUCCCCCCUGAAUUGGAUCCUCCAAUGAUCGUCACAUCGGAGCGGUGGAUUGUGCCUCGCGUGUCCGGACGCACCGCGCUGGGCUCCGGCUGACUCGGUGGCGGUUGGCCGCUCUUCCUCGUCGCUCGGGCGGACUGGAGGCGGCGGCAGCUCGGUGGUGGAGGAGGAGGUCAUGAUGUCCUGAGUUCCUCCCAGCGGGCCCGGAGAAAGCGCUGCGCUGAUGGGAGCGGCUGUGCCACCAUGAGCUUACAAGAUGGCAGCUGCAGCUACGCCAGCAGCGCCAACAUGGCCGUCGCCAGCGGCAGCAUGCGGCGCCGCCUGGAGGACCAGGAGUUCACCUUGCGCGUGUACCCGGGCUCCCUGGUGGAGGGGACCAUCUACUGCCCCAUCAGUGCCCGCAAGAACACCACGGCGGCCGAGGCCAUCGAAUGCCUCAUUGAGCGGCUGCGCCUGGACCGCACCAAGUGCUACGUGCUGGCCGAGGUCAAGGAGUUCGGUGGCGAGGAGUGGAUCCUCAACCCGGGUGACUGUCCUGUGCAGCGCAUGAUGCUGUGGCCGAGGAGCGCUCUGGAGAACCGCGGCGGCCUGGGCAGUGGCGACGACUACCGCUUCCUCCUGCGGGAAAAGAACUUGGACGGAUCCAUCCACUACGGCGGCAGCCUCCAGAUGUGGCUGCGGGUGACCGAGGAGCGCCGCUGCAUGGUGGAGCGGGGUUUCCUCCCCCAACCGGCGGAGAGCGACCCCCCGACAGAUCUCUGCGCUCUGCCGGAACUUACCGAGUGCGCCCUUUUGGAAAGCCUGCGGGCGCGUUUCCGCCAGGAGAAGAUCUACACGUACAUCGGGAGUAUCCUCAUUGUGGUCAACCCCUUUCAGUUCCUGCCCAUAUACAACCCCAAGUACGUCAAAAUGUACGACAACCAUGCGCUGGGAAAGCUGGAGCCGCACAUCUAUGCCGUAGCCGACGUGGCCUACCACGCCAUGCUGCAGCGGCGCAGGAACCAGUGCAUUGUCAUCUCAGGCGAGAGCGGCUCGGGGAAGACGCAGAGCACCAACUUCCUCAUUCACCACCUGACCGCUCUCAGCCAGAAAGGCUUCGCCAGCGGAGUGGAGCAGAUCAUCCUGGGAGCGGGGCCGGUGCUGGAGGCCUUCGGGAACGCUAAGACGGCCCACAACAACAACUCCAGCCGCUUCGGAAAGUUCAUCCAGGUCAACUACCAAGCAAGUGGCACUGUUAGGGGGGCAUAUGUGGAGAAGUACCUGCUGGAGAAAUCCCGUCUGGUCUACCAGGAGCACAAUGAGAGGAACUACCACGUCUUUUACUACCUGCUGGCUGGAGCCAGCGAGGAGGACAGGAAGUCCUUCCACCUGCUCAAACCUGAGGAAUACCACUACCUCAACCAGAUGACAAAGAAAUCGCACAAACUCCACUGGGACAAUUACUAUGAGAGCGAGCUGCAGGACUGCUUCAGCGUGGAGGGUGAGGACCUGAAACAUGACUUUGAGCGCCUGCAGCUGGCAAUGGAGAUGGUUGGCUUCCUUCCCGCCACACGCAAACAGAUUUUCUCGCUGCUGUCGGCCAUACUCCACCUGGGCAAUAUCCGCUACAAGAAGAAGACCUACAGGGACGACUCCAUCGACAUCUGCAAUCCAGAAGUCCUUCCUAUCGUCUCGGAGCUGCUGGAGGUGAAAGAGGAAAUGCUGCUGGAGGCGCUGACCACCAGGAAGACGGUGACUGUUGGGGAGAGACUCAUUGUGCCCUAUAAACUCUCAGAGGCGGGCACUGUGAGGGACUCCAUGGCCAAGUCGUUGUACAGCGCUCUCUUUGACUGGAUCGUGUUCCGGGCCAAUCACGCUCUGCUCAACAACAAGGACCUGGAGGACAAUUCAAAGAUCUUUUCCAUCGGCGUGUUGGACAUCUUUGGAUUUGAGGACUAUGAAAACAACAGCUUCGAGCAGUUCUGCAUCAAUUUUGCCAACGAGCGGCUGCAGCACUACUUCAACCAACACAUCUUCAAACUAGAGCAGGAGGAGUACCGAGCCGAGGGCAUUAGCUGGCACACCAUCGACUACAUAGACAACAGCAGCUGCAUCAACCUCAUCAGCAAAAAACCCACAGCGCUCUUCCACCUGCUGGACGAAGAGUGCAAUUUCCCUCAGGCGUCCAAUCAGACCUUGCUGGACAAGUUCAAGCGACAGCAUGAGGGAAACAGCUACAUCGAGUUUCCCGCCGUCAUGGAGCCCGCAUUCAUCAUCAGACACUAUGCAGGGAAAGUCAAGUACAGAGUUAAGGACUUCCGGGAGAAGAACACCGACCACAUGCGUCCCGACGUGGUGGCUUUGCUGAAGAGCAGCAAGAACGCCUUCAUCUGCGGCCUGAUGGGUAUCGACCCCGUGGCCACCUUCCGCUGGGCGGUGUUGCGCGCCUACUUCAGGGCCCUGGUGGCAUUCAGGGAGGCCGGUCGCCGGCACACGCACAGGAAGACAGGUCAUGAUGCUGCCAUCCCUUCUGCCGCUGUCAAAACUGUCGACAGCUUUAGUUUCCUUCAUCAUCCUGUUCACCAGAGGAGCCUUGAGAUCCUUCAAAGGUGCAAAGACGAGAAAUACAGCAUCACAAGGAGGAAUCCUCGCUCUCCGCUGUCAGACCUUCAAGGCGCCAACACCCUUAAUGAGAAAGCCAGCUGGGAUGGCUUCGGCGUCGGCUGCAACGGUCGCGGCCCGAGGUCGGGACGCCUGUCUUCAGCGGGGAGCCCGACGGCCCUGGGGGAGGACGGCAUCUUCGUCAACUCGUCCAACAGCAAACUCUUGGAACGAGCUCAGGGAAUCCUACUGAGAAACAAAAACUGCAAAAUCAAGCCCAGUCUACCCAAGCACUUGUUAGAUGUGAAGUCUCUGCGCCACCUGAGCAGCGUGACGCUACACGACCGCAUCACCAAGUCGCUGCUUCACCUGCACAAGAAGAAGAAACCACCCAGCAUCAGUGCACAGUUCCAGGCUUCCCUCAAUAAACUGAUGGAGACUCUCAACCAGUCAGAGCCAUACUUUGUCAAGUGCAUCCGCUCCAAUGCUGAAAAGCUACCGUUACGAUUUAAUGACAGCUUGGUGCUCAGACAGCUGCGGUACACCGGGAUGCUGGAAACGGUCCGUAUCCGGCAAUCGGGGUACAGCAUCAAGUACACCUUCCAGGAUUUUGUUCUUCACUUUCAUGUGCUGCUGCCUCGAGGCACGAGUGCGACCAAGUCAGGCAUCAGGGAGUUCUUCAGGAAGAUCCACCUGAUGCCCGCCGGCUACCAAGUGGGCAACACAAUGGUGUUCCUGCGGGAGGUGGAGCGUCAGCGUCUUCAGACCCUCCUCCACCAGGAAGUUCUGCGGCGCAUCGUCACGCUGCAGCGCCGCUUCCGGGCGGUCCUGGAGAGGAAGAAAUUUGUCAGGAUGAGGCUGGCUGCGUGUGUCAUUCAGCGAUGGUGGCGAUGCUGCCUUCUCAGAGAAUCCGCCAUGGACCUGAGGCUGGAGGAGCAAGCCGUCGUGUGCCUCCAGGCGGCCUGGAGGCGCUGCAGGCAGCGCCGGAGGUUCCUGCGGUGGCGGCACUCGGCCGUGGCGAUCCAGAGAAGCUGGAGGCUCUGCUGCCGUCGAAGGACCCUGGCAGCCGUCACGCUGCAGGCGGCCUGGAGGAGAUUCGCAGAGAGGGGUCGCUACUGUGAGAUGUACAGGACUGUGACCCAGCUGCAAGCGAUGGCAAGGGGUUACCUGGCCCGGCGCAGGUUCCGAGAACGCAAGCAGCUGCAUGAACUGCAAACACCCAUGCCAUCCAUUCAAGGACCCAUUGAUGACCUCGUCUCAUCAGAACCCAAUAGAGUACAGAAGCUGUCUGGAGAACCAACGGAAGACUUUGCACUCACGGAGAAAGACUCAGAUCGAAGUCGCAGUGUGGACGAGGCAAGCCACAAGACCCGAUCCAAGAGAGAGAGCAGGCGGAUGAGAGAACUGGAGCAUGCUCAGUUCAACUUGGAGCUUCUCAAGGUUCGCACCAGUAACAUCGGCGUGCCACCUCAAGGAGAGGGGGGUCCAGAGGACAGCGCCUGUCCACCAGAGGACUACCGCAGACCUUCACCUCUGGGGUCUCUCGACAGCUUUGAAAUGCUCAAGGUUGAGGACAUGGAUGCCGAAGGUUCAGGAGGUUUUGGAUCCCAAUCGACUGCGCCUCGGGUAUGCAUGAAUACAGACAGUCACGCUCAAGAGCCAGUGAGAGAUUCAAACCACAACGAAAAGCCCAAGAUGGAGUCACCUCUCAGGACUGAGGGUCCAAGGGCAACAUUUUACAUCGCUUCUGAUCAAAGUCCAGUUCGAGAACCAACAUGUGAAAGCCCCAGCAAAUCUUACAAGGACAGACGGGAGUCCACAUCUCGAAGGCCCGUUGUGGUUUUGAUCAGCAUGCAAAAGGAGAGCCCUCUGGAAGAGCGGUCGCUGGUACCCCAAACUCCAGAAAUAAUUUCUCAACAUAGAGAAGCACUGUCAAGAUCCCAACAGACGCACAUAUCAGGUUUAGAGGUAUUAUCUACAAUUGAACCACUACAUGAAGGGACUACACAGUCAAACUUUGCAGAAGAGAUUCCCUCUUUAGUUCCCUCUUCAACCACUCAUGCAGAAAAUCAAGAAGUACCUGGCCUUUGCUCCUUAGAAGUGGACAUUAAGAUCACCCUGGAGCCCAAACCCAGUGUUCCUCCCGUUCAACUGGGUCAGCAGGAAAAGAACAUGGUCCCACCCGGGCAGGGAGCUCCCAACCGGGUCGUUGACACCAAGCCACCCAAAGCCCAGAGGAAGACCUCGGCCCAGACUGUGACCGUCAACAUGACGGAGAAGCCCUCGAGCACUGUGUUCUCGCCACCCAGACGCAAGCUGCCUUUCUCUAAGUCGGAUAAGGAUUUGGUCAACCAGGAAAGGUCUUUGUCCAUGUUCAGAGAUGAUUCCAGAAGGAGAGAGCAGGUGGGCCGCCCGGGCCCCAAAAAGAAACCGCGUAUGUCCCGGACACGCUCCGACUUCCUCACCCGUUGUAACUCGGAGGGAGCGACGCAGUCAGACGACGACGACGAAUACUACGUCCCCGCCCACUCCCACACGCUGCCCCCCUCCCUGUGCCCCCCGCGCGCCCGCCCCAAGGCCGACUGUCACAGUGACUCCGAGAUGGAGUCCCACAAAGAUUCUAAGAAGAUCCAUAAGACCAUGUCAUCAGGAGACUUGGGUAAAGUAGAGGUGCUGAGGAAAACCUCCAGUCAGGAUGGAAGCCGGAUGAGGGGGAAGAUGCGAUUCUGGAGUAAAAGCAAACACAGCGGGAAGAAAGUGUCCAGGGAGAAACUGGCUGGCAGGAGCGACAGUGCUGCAGAGAUGCUUGAGGGCCUGUCCCCUCCUCACAGUCCCGACCUGGAGGCCACCUCCCCACGGGGGGUGCGGGACAGCAAGGAGAACAAGGAGCCGUCUCCCAAGAUGAAGCGGCGGCGCAGCGUCAAGAUCAGCAGCGUGGCCCUGGAACCCGCCCAGUGGCAGAACGACGCACUGCACAUCCUCAGCUCGGCCCACGACUAUCGCACCAUGAACGACUUCCUCCUGAAGAAGGUCCCAACUAAAAAAAAGAUUGCUGACCUUGAGAGUGAAAACGGCAAGAAGGACACAAUGGUGGAUGUGGUCUUCAAGAAAGCCCUGAAGGAGUUCCGGAUCAACAUCUUCAACUCGUACUCCACCGCCCUGGCUAUGGACGACGGGAAGAGUAUCCGUUACAAGGACCUGUACGCUCUGUUCGAGCACAUCCUGGAGAAGACCAUGCGGCUGGAGCAGCGCGACUGGAGCGAGUCGCCCGUCAAAGUGUGGGUCAACACCUUCAAGGUCUUCCUGGACGAGUUCAUGACCGAGUACAAGCCCACGGAGGGGACCAUCGGCAGGGCUGCCAAACGAGAACGCAAAAAGUCUCGCAAGAAGGAGACUGACAUUGUGGAGGAGCACAACGGCCACAUCUUCAAAUCCACGCAAUACAGCAUCCCCACGUACUGCGAGUACUGCUCCUCCCUCAUCUGGAUGAUGGACCGAGCCUGCGUCUGCAAACUAUGUCGCUACGCCUGCCACAGGAAGUGCUGCUCCAAGAUGGCCAGCAAGUGCAGUAAAAAGUAUGAUCCGGAGCUGUCGCCUCGUCAGUUCGGCGUGGAACUCUCGAGGCUGACCAGCGAGGAGCGCAACGUGCCCCAACUGGUGGAGAAGCUCAUCAACUACAUCGAGAUGCAUGGCCUCUACACGGAGGGCAUCUACAGGAAGUCGGGCUCCACCAAUAAAAUCAAGGAACUGCGUCAAGGGCUGGACACCGAAGUGAGCAGCGUGAACUUGGACGACUACAACAUCCACGUCAUCGCCAGCGUACUCAAGCAGUGGCUCCGCGACCUGCCCAGCCCUCUCAUGACAUUUGAACUCUACGAGGAGUUUCUUCGAGCAAUGGGUCAACCCGACAAGCGGGAAGUCAUCCUAGGCGUGUACGCUGUCAUCGACCAGUUGAGCCGCACGCACCUCAGCACGCUGGAACGCCUCAUCUUUCAUCUGGUCAGGAUCGCGCUGCAGGAGGUCACAAACAGGAUGUCAGCCAAUGCACUGGCCAUUGUCUUCGCUCCCUGCGUCCUCCGCUGCCCCGACACCAUCGACCCGCUGCAGAGCGUCCAAGACAUUAGCAAGACCACAGCGUGCGUGGAGCUGAUCAUCAACGAACAGAUGAGCAAGUACAAAGCGCGCCUGAAGGACAUUAAUAGUCUGGAGUUCGCCGAGAGCAAAGCCAAGAGCCGGCUGUCCCACGUCAGGAGGUCCAUGAAACCUGUACUAAUCGCUGUUAGGUUUAUGAGCAUAGCCCGCACUGCCACCCCGAGCAAAAGCCGUGUUUGGCAAAGCGGUGCCCACUUGGAGUCGCCGUCGCACAGCCCCAAGGCGCCCCCGGUGGCGGACGGCGAGAGCGCGGGAGGCGAGGAACCCGCUGAGGCCGCUCUGAGCGAGCAGCAGCAGCUUGCCAUGCAGCAAGAGGAGCAGAUCCUCACCGAGCAGAUCGAGAGUCUGCAGAAAGAAAAGGAGGAGCUAACAUACGAGAUGUUGAUCUUGGAACCGCGUGCAUCCGACGACGAGACUCCUGAAUCGGAAGCAUCCAUCGGCACGGCGGACAGCUCUGAGAACAUCACCAUGGAAACAGAAGGUCCAGCCACGGAGACCCCCGAGUCCGGUGCUUGUGGCUCCAGAAAAUGGGAGUCGAAGUGCAGGCGACCUCUGCACCGCCAUCCUGACUCGGUGGACUCUGCCGACUCGGCCUCCACCGUCUCCUCCGUCUGCUCUCACCAACCGGCGUCCACCUCGCCGUCCCCUCACUACCGCUUCCGCUCGUCGUCGUCGGGGCCCCUGCUGGCCUCCUAUAGCCUGGAGGCGGAGGCGGCGGCAGCGGGCGAUGCAUCGGAGUCCGAGCGGCGGCCCGGGAAGAGCCGCGGCCACAGGCUUCGACUGAGCCGCAGCUCACCGCGGGAACCCUCGGGCGGACACCGCAGGGAGCCCGAGUUCGACUCGGCGCCACAGCAGCUGGUUCUGUACGGUAGCAACGAGUUCAUGGUGUGAUGCCGGCGGGACGUGGCCGUGUUCCGAGUACGCGGGGCCUGCAUUUUCAGGUUUGGCUGAGGCUGGUUACGGGGGUCGCCCCCGCGCGCCCCUCCUCAGCAGAGCAGGGACGCCGUCGGGAACGUGAUAGUGGCGAGCACUGAGCCAGAGCGCAUAAGAAGAUUCAGGAGAAGGAAGUGUGACUGAACCUUGGUGGGCCAUCUUACUUCUUCAGCUUGUAGCCAUAACGACUGAACUGCUCAGCUAUGCUAUGCUAAACUAAGCUAAGCCCGCUUGUCACGUUUACACACCAGCCGAAAUGCUGCAUGAUCGUCCAUCUGACUUCCUGUAAAGAGAGCGCGGGAGGACACUUCACAGCUGUAUGUGAGCGUGUGAUGAUUGUUAUUAUUAUAAUAGACCUUUAGCAUAAUGUUUGUUAACAAAAGUUGCAAGGGGGACUUCUGGGUCGCAGAAAAGUGAGUGACUCCCGCUGACCUGAGCCGAAAUAAUGACAAAAACGUGUUUGCGGUUGCGCCAAAAGAUACUAGGUUUUUAUUUCCUUAAAAAAAAAAAUCCAAAAGGAUUUUGGUGUAUAAUUGGAGCAGAUGUCGUAAAUACUUGGACAGAGAAGAUUGCAAGACUGUCCAGUAGUGGAGGAGCCACUACUGCAGGGACAGACUGAGAACCAAACCCCCAUCAUCAGAUUAGUGGACGACAUUUUAUGUUUGUUUGGGUUUCUUUGAGCAAUUUAUGAAAACGUAAAGGCUAGCCUGCUAGCUAACGGCAGCUCUAUAGCGCCCUCUUCAAUUCAGAAACAAAAAAGCACGUCUGUGCCUUUAAUCCCAGAAACAGAAAUGUCUGUUAAUAAUCAUGUCAACUACGUCUGAAUUUACACCACGUCUCACGUUUAGCUGUUGAAAUGUGAAUUAUAGCCGGCGUUCCAUCCACUUUGGGAAUAAUUAUACUGAAUUAGAGGUGUACAGCAAUUUAUCGAUCAAUCGACAUCGAAUCGAUUCUCAAAUUAGUCAACUAUUUUGAUAAUAAUCGUUUAAGGGAUUCAUUUUAGCCUAUUUUCUGAUGGAUGGUACAGACUAAGCAGUAACUGAAUCAUAAUCAAUUUAUGUUUGUGCAUUUUCUGUUCUGUCAAUUUCAAAUCAUGUCCAUUAAGAAAAAAAGAGAUUUUUUUUUUUUUUUUUAUCCGAUUAAUUAAAAAAAUAAUUGACAGAUUAGGCGGGACGGUGGCCGACUGGUUAGAGCGUCAGCCUCACAGUUCUGAGGACCCGGGUUCAAUCCCCGGCCCCGCCUGUGUGGAGUUUGCAUGUUCUCCCCGUGCCUGCGUGGGUUUUCUCCGGCCAGAAUGGUUGUUUGUUUGUAUGUGCCCUGCGAUUGGCUGGCAACCAGUUCAGGGUGUACCCCGCCUCCUUGCCCGAUGACAGCUGGGAUAGGCUCCAGCACGCCCGUGACCCUAGUGAGGAGAAGCGGCUCAGAAAAUGGAUGGAUGGAUUGACAGAUUAAUCGAUUAUUAAAAUAAUCAUUAGUUGCAGACCUAUUAAAUGUAACAUCGUAUACUGCAGUGGUCGAUAAGAAGGUCAAAGUCAGCAUUCUCGCCAUUGACCCUGUUUUCUGAAACGAUCAAAUUUAAAUGGAAGAUUUUGUUGACCAUGAGAAUGCUUGAACUUUUGCGACCCGGAAGUAUGUGUGACAUCACGGCAAAAAGGUCUAUUAUGUUUAAGGUGGCACGUCGAAUGAGUGGUUAGCACGUCUGCCUCACAUUUCCGAAGUUCGGGGUUCGAUAGCUGCUCCACCUUUCCGGUGUGUCCUUCACGUGCUUGUGUGGGUUUUCUCCGGGUACGCCGGCUUCCUUCCACAUUCCAAAAAACAUGCACAGGAGGUUUAUUGGAGACUCUUUAAAUUGUCCGUAGGUGUGACUGGCGGGUGUCAGCUGGGAUCGGCUGGAAUGCAAACAAGCGGCAGUGAAGACGGAUGAUCAUGGCGAUGUCCCAUAGGAACGACAUGUACAUAGAGAGGAGGUCAGGUGUGUCCGAUUCCAACCCAUUCAUUCCGGAGCCACUUGGACGGCGCACUCUUGUAAACGUCAGUGUUAUGACAUCACCACUUGAAUUUUUCUCCUUCGUUUGUAUUAUUGCUGUAACAAUGUGUGCUGUCAUUGCUAUAUUAUUGAGAUGAUAAGUUUCUCUUGGUCAACACUUACACUAACAGGCUACAUCUUCCGCCCCCCCCCCCUUGACUUGGUGUAUGAUGUGUCUGCUCACACACACGCGCACACACCUACACACACACAUAUAUAUAUUUUACCGGGCGGUCCAUCGUAAGUAUUUGGAUGAUGAUAUCUUCCAUAAAGAUCUGAUUGAAGUGUAGCCUUUCAGCUUUAAUUGAAACGCUUUCUCCAAAAAGUAGGAAGGAUCUACAUUUUUAUAUGUAGUACCUGUAUUUGGAAAAUUACAUCAUAGAAAAAAAGUAUGAGAAUUCUCCACAGGGAAGCUAAACAGCUACAGCGGUGCCUUGCGAUACGAGUGACUCAACUUACAAGUUUUUCAAGAUACCUGCUGUCGUUCGGUUGAAUCGCUUCAAGCUGCUCAUUGCCACUCCCACUUGAAGUUUACUGUCAAACAAGGAAUUACACAUUGCAUAUUUAACCAAACCGCACAGCUUUUUCUGGCUUUAGUUUUGAUGCUGACAUACAAUGUAAAACGCCAUAGACUAGCUAACAAAUACCAUCUAUGCGGUGGUGUUAUUACGCCAUAAGCAACGGAUAAUUAAACAAAAAAAGUGCAGCAACACGUAGACGGAUAAUAUAAUACUCACACGCAUAUAUUCGUUAUCCUCUGUGAAGAAAAUGACAAUAUUACUGCAACUUACAGAGGAGCUGAGACCGUCUCCUUGUACAGUAGUAAACCUCCGUAUAAUAUAAUAACGUAUUAAUAACCAUAAUGUCAUUUGUCCAAAUGCUUUCGAAGCCCUGGAUACUGAUUCAUUCGUCAUUCUGAAAUGACGUAUUUCCGUGAAAGCUCUUCAACUAAAGCUGAUAUCAUGAUUGUUUUAUUUCAUGCGCAUAAAGGCAAUUGUCCAAAUACUUCUAAAACCUGCUCCUUUACUUUGUUUUCGUUUUUUUUUUAAAACUCAACAACAGCGCUUCCAUCCACUCGUCUGCGGACCCUCGUAGCAUUUAUUACGCAGAAACCAAAACACGUAGCAUCCAAAUACUACUUUGUAUCGUGCAGUAAGGCUUCUAUAGGCCUCAUCAGUAGCUGUGUAUAACGACCACAACAACUAGAACUGCAAUAUUUGUCUUUCCGUACAACACAAUCAGUGUUACGCAGUUUUUCUCUCUCCUCAGUUUACACACAAAAAAAUUAGCUGAAUGGACAAAAGUGACUAUUGUUGUUAUAUUUUAUUUGUUCAUGUCAUAUUGCAUAAUGUGUGGGGAAAAAAGUGAAUGUAAGUGUCACUGGAAGGCAUGCUCAGCUUUCUCGGGUCCUUUUUGUUCCUCUUUUAUACACAGUGUAUGUACUGUAUGUAUGUAUGUUUUAUUUAUGUCCACGUAUACUGCGAUUUAUUUGGUUUCAAAGGAUUUGUUAUGAAGGAUAUAUUAUCCUGUGUACGAUCAAGUGCUACAAGGGCAGGAAAGAAAAAUGAAACAUUUGUUUUUGUCUGCGCCACUCUGGACACAGUUAUGUACAAGGUGCAAUUUCUGUUACUUUGUUUUUUUUUAUUAUUAUUAUUGUUAUUUUAAUGAUACAAACAUGUCUAUGGUUGUAAGAAAAAAAUAAAAUGCUUUAUUGGGGAAGUUCA